AUGGAGGCACUUGAAGAUUUUGAGAGAGCGCUGAAGAAUGUUGAUAAAAUAAGUGAGCUGGUGAAGGAUCUAAACUCCUCUGAUGCUGACACCAGGCAAAAAGCAAUUAAGGAGGCUGACUGCUACAUCGCCUCCAUGGACGAACCCUGCAGGACAAAAUUGAACAAGACUAAAAUCAACACAAGCUCAACUGACCAGCCGUCGUUUGGUCCCCAGAGCGAAAGUCCAGAGAGCUUCAUUAAGAACAUGGAGAGAGACGCUGAAGACAGGAGACAAAGGCGUAUCGCUCAACAAAAAAAAGCACUCGUGCUCAAAGACAAGGGGAAUAAAGCUUACGCUGACGGAGAUUAUGAAUCUGCAGUGAAAUGUUACAGCGACGGCCUGGCUGAACUACGGGACAUGCAGCAGCUGUACACCAACCGAGCUCAGUCCUACAUCAAGCUGGGGAAGCACAAGGAGGCCAUCAGUGACUGCGAGUGGGCGCUGAAGUGCAACGACAGGUGCAUUAAAGCCUACUUCCACAUGGGCAAAGCCUACCUGGAAUUGAAGGACUACAGUGAGUCAAGGCGCUGCUUUGAGAAGAUAGCGGAAAUUGAACCUGGACGGAAGAAAAUGGUAGAAGAACACGUGACACAGGUGGAUAUGGAGGAGGAAAGAGAGACUCAGGAGGUGAAUGCAAAGCAGGAGUUUGAUAAGGGCGAGAGGAAAGGUACAGCAGUACCCGAGGUCCUCAAGAAGCUUUCAAAGCCUGGUCAGAUGACGCUCUUCUACUGCGGAGGCUUGCAGAUUCUGUUAGAAGCAGUUAGUGACUCGACAGGUCAGACCCUUUUCAGAUUGAACAAUGGCUUUAGCAUCAUCUGCAGAAACGACACGGUGAAGAGAUGCCUGCUGGAGAAAACAAAAGACAAGCACAGCCAAAGGUUAUGUGUGUCUGUUCUGAAAUUAUGGAGGGUUAUUUGUGACGGGAAUGCCGAAAAUCAGAAGAUGUUACUGAAAUGCCCAGUGACGAGACAAGCCGCUGUGGACUUGAUAGCAUCAGAGAGUGUUGCAGUGCAGAGAGAAUGUCUGUCAUUACUACAUUUGUUUGCUCAGAUGCCACACGGGAGACAACUGGUCAUUGAAAGCCUGGAUGUGCACGUGUUAGUGAGGAACCUCAUGGCGUGCAUCUCAAAGCAGCAGCAAGAAAACAUGGCAGUCAACGUUCUGGAGAACUUUGCAGCAGAAAAAAAACUUUUUACUCAGUUAAGGAACGUGUUGACCGACUCCGUCAUUGAGCCAUUGACGACAAUCCUAAGAAAUAUCAGCGAGUCCAACCGUCAUGUUCUUCCGUCUCUGAUUUCAGCCAUUGGAUGUUUGGCUCAAGACGACGUUAUUCGUCAUCAACUUGCUCACGACUCAGAGUGUUGGAAGGCCUUCCUGUUUUCCAUCAGGCACUGCAGUGCACAUGAAUUCAAGGAGAUCCUUUACCCCUUGCUUGGAUUAAUCAUCAGCCUUUCAACGGUGACGUCUCCGGCCGUCCAGGAACACUCUCUUUCACUCUGCGACCUCUGUCAGGGACUGCUCAGGGAUACUGACGGAGGAGUCAUAACUCGAGCCAUUGGGGUGCUGAGCACCGUGCUCCCUCAAUCCUCUGAGGCUGUUGAGCGUGUUAUUCAGAAGGGCGUGGUUCGGACCAUGUACCGGUUACUGAAGAGACCAGGGCAGACUGCCUCUAAAUACGCCAUGAAGACUCUGACAGUGUGCACCGCUGCUAGUCAUUUGGCUCGGCAGGAGCUGGUGAAGUGUGAUAAAAAGCUAUCUAUUUUACGUCAUUUGCUGGCUUCCAGCUGUGACGACAUGGUCUCAGGAAAUGCCACCCUCUGCUUGACUCACUGCCUUCAGUUGGAGCGAGUCGCCAGCAGUCUGCUGGACACUGAUAUUGUGCUGCUGCUGCUACGCCGCGCUGCAGGGGACACAAAGAGGACGGCUGUGCAGCAAAAUGCGGCGAUUGCUCUGGGGAAGCUGUGUCAGGCCGAGCCCAGGCAUUUGAACAGACUUCGAGAACUUCACGGCUUUGAGGUUCUGCACUCCUGUAUGAAGUUCAUCACAUGA